GGAAAACAUGAGAUGAAAGGUGAAGAAAGGAAAGAGUGAAACACAACUUUCUCUGCAGAGAAGUGUCCAAGAACAACAGUGUCAUUGCAGCCUAGCAGAUUUUCCUUUCAGCUGAAGAUUGUUGAUUAAUUAAAUCCCAUGAUUUCUUGACUUCCACUACCACAUCUGUUGCAAAAUUCUCUGGAUGAAAAAUGGAGGAUGGCCGUCAAAAUGAAAAUGACAGACAUAAGAUGGAAUACUACCGAGGACCACAUUCCAUGUGGAAUACUGGUUCCCAGCAUCAAGUGAAAGAGCCAAAUGCACUGGUUAUGAAUAAGAAGAUUAGGUCCAUUAUGGCAGAAAGGCAGGCUGCUAUUCUAGAGCUUGAACUGGAGGCUGCAAUAUCUGAAAAGAAUGAAGCCUUGGCUGCUCGAGAUGAAGCCAUUCGACAGAGGGAUGAAGCACUUGUUCAAAGAGAUAAUGCCAUUUUGGAACGGGAUAAUGCCCUUGCAGCUCUUCAGAGUCGGAACAGUUCUGUCACCUUCCCUUUUGGCAGUGGAAUUCAAUGUGGAUCAAAACGAAUUCAUCAUUCUUCAAACCAUCUGUGUAUCAUGUCUGAAGCUGCAUACAAAACAAAGGAUGCCUCCCCGAUUACAGUUGUACCUUCUGAAGUCAAAUCUCAUCAAGUAAAGAGAACAAAGGAGAACAAGGUCAUUGGUUCUAAGGCAUCAAAACCAGCCUACAAAGUAAAGAAAAUGGGAGAGGAUUUAAACAGGAAGGCUUCUUUUGAAGGUACAAAAAUCCGAUCUGAAUGGCAUAGACAAGACGUUGGCCUGAAUUUGGUUACAUUUGAUGAAACUACCAUGCCAGUUCCAGUUUGCACAUGUACUGGCAUACCACGACAGUGCUACAAAUGGGGGAAUGGUGGAUGGCAGUCAUCUUGUUGUACCACAACAUUGUCUAUGCAUCCAUUACCACAGCUUCCGAACAAACGUCAUGCUCGCAUUGGAGGAAGAAAGAUGAGUGGAAGUGUUUUUACCAGACUUCUCAGCAGGUUGGUGUUAGAAGGCCAUGAUUUAUCUAUACCACUUGAUCUUAAGGAGUAUUGGGCCAGACAUGGAACCAAUCGAUACAUCACUAUCAAGUAGCCUCCUGAAAUUUGUCAGUAUUGAGUAGGUUUCAUUUUGAACCUCUUGCAACAAAUGACCUCUAGUUGAAAUCAUGCCUUGACUGGUAUGCUUGACUUUUGGGAACAUGAUAUGACUUUUCAGUAGAAGGUACCCCAUACUUAGUUACUGAUUUGGCUAGACUCAACUUUGAUCCUUAUUAUAAAUGAGAUACCUGUAAAGUAUCAUGUAUACAUGUGACUUUCUAAGUAACUAGAGGUAGACCCUUUUGGUU